AUGCAAGUUGUCCCCAUCAGAGUGAAUGGCCUUAUAAACCAGUCUGUCAUCCUGUCACCAUCUGUGGCUACAUCUCAUCCUGUGCAACAUGUCUACUGGAACCUCCAAACUCACACAAUAGCAUCUUUUACAAAUAGUCAACUUACUGUGAUAAGAAAUGAGUUUAAAGGAAGGCUGGAGAUACUGGAUGAUGGAAGAGCACUGAGGAUUGGACAACUAACACUGCAUGAUAGUGGCCUCUACUUUGUAACCAUAACCUUUAUGGACAAUACAAACCUUGACGCAUCCUACAAUCUCACUGUGUACGAACCUGUUCCUACCCCAUCUAUAAAAACUGAAGCCAUAGAGAAGACCAGUGACUGGUGCAAUGUGACUCUUCGAUGUUCAAUCCCAACAAACACAUCAUCAUUGUCCUAUACCUGGAAAUAUAGACAUGGAGACUCUGAUUAUCAGUGGUAUAAUAAUCCUGGAGACACAAUCCAGAUGUCACUGCAACUGGAGUCCUGGGACAUGGAGGUCCUGUGCAUAGUACACAACCCUGCCGACCAAAAGAAUAGCUCUCCAGCAAAAUUCUGCACGAACCGUAUGGGACAAUCCAGACGAACUGAAAAAGGUAAAGGACAAAUCACGAUUUUAAAGUAUAAGUCCACUAUUGUUUAA